GAACUGGUUUGUGGACCAGUAAGCACCGGGGACGAACCAGCAGCCAUCUGACUUGCUGCGGAGCCUCUGCAUCAUCAGCGGUUACCGUGGCAACCGUCACAAAGCCGCGAGCGCGUUCACGAGGGGUCCGUGGCUUCAGACGAAUCUCAGGAGAUCCUUUGGGUUGUUUUACUUUUUCAUUCGUUUGUUUUAUUUUUUAACAAAAAGGCAGCUGUCGUGUUGAUCCAAACACAACGGAGCCCGCAGCGUAAUAUCCGGUCCGCGCGCGCUCGACUCGGAGCGAGAUGACGGACACAGGAAGUGAUCGAGAGCGGAUCGAUGGAGGUGAUUAAAAAUGUUAACCCAGAGGGUCGCUUUAACAGCUGAGUGCGGUUCUGAUGAGGUUCCUGUCCAGGAUCGAUCGGUGCUCUGGCUCGUGCAGGACUCCUGCGGAUCGAUCGCAGCUCCAGUCCAUGACCUCUCCAUCCGGAAGCUGCUGCCAGGGGACGAAGGUCAGCAGCAGGAGGAGGAUGAUGAUGGUGGAGCCCGGACGAUGUCAAUAAUUGAUCAGCAGCUGCAGAACUAACUGGGAGCUGAUGGGAACCAGUUUGGCUUUAGAAACCCAAUGGAUUUACCCGUUAGCAUGGCUCUACAGUCCAGAACCAACUACACAGCCGACUCUGUGGGUCCGAGUAUUACCGCCUCACCUGUGGAACCCAGGGUCGUUUCCAUAGUUACCGCCCUAGUGACGGCCACCACGCAGACUGUCGUGGGAACGUCGGGAAACCUCUCGGCCCUCCGGGAGCAGAGGGGCACCGACUUCGGCGAGGUCCAGCUGCUGUCAACCGCGGCGGUUCUGAGCGCUGCCGCGGUUGACGGGAACUCGGCUCUUCAGGGCUUGGAGGUUGCGGUUCAGGCUCUGGUGCUGCUCUUCAUCUUCCUCCUGUCCAGUCUGGGUAACUCGGCGGUGGUCGUAGUCAUCAUCAAACACAGACGGCUGCGAACGGUGACCAACGCCUUCAUCAUGUCGCUGUCGCUGUCAGACUUCCUGACGGCCGUGCUCUGCCUCCCCUUCUCCUUCAUCAUGCUCUUCAGCAAAGAUGGCAUCUGGAUGUUCGGCGAUGCCUUCUGCGUAGCCAAUGGCUUCUUCAACACCUGCUUCGGGAUUAUCUCUACGCUCACCAUGACGCUGAUCUCCUUCGACAGGUACUACGCCAUUGUCCGGCAGCCUCAGGCGAAGAUCGGGCGCCAGAAAGCCGCCCAGCUGCUGGCGGCCGUGUGGCUGACGGCGGUGGUUUUCUCGCUACCCGGGUACCUGCUGGUCAGAACCACAUCAGGAGUCCAUAAGCGGGGGUUCUACCACUGCAUGUACGUCUUCCAUCCUGGCGGUUCCGGCGUAGGGACGGCAUACAGCAUCUGCUUGAUCGUCGUGUGCUUCCUGCUGCCGUUCUCCCUCAUGUGCUUCUGCCACUACAACAUCUGUAAAACGGUCCGGCUCUCCGAGAUCCGGGUUCGGCCCGUCACCACCUACGCCUACCUGCUGCGCUUCUACAGCGAGAUGAGAACAGCCACCACGGUUCUGAUCAUGAUCGUGUUCAUCAUCUGCUGCUGGGGGCCGUACUGCCUGAUGGGCCUGGUUACGGCCAUCGGGAACUACAGGUUCAACCCGGCCAUGGACACGGUCGCCGUCUGGAUGGCGUGGGCCAACGGCGCCAUCAACCCCCUGAUCUACGCCCUGAGGAACCCCAACAUCCGCAUGCUGUUGGGCCGCAGUCGACAGGAGGGCUACCGGACCAGAAACAUUGCUGCCUACCUGUCCAGCCAGAGCCGGAACCGAGAGGUCCGGCUGAACCAGACGGAGAGGAUCAGGGACUGCUACGUGAGCCGAGCCGGGCCCAACAACAGCCGGCUGUCGAGUUCCAGUCCAGGAAAAACGGGAAUGGCCACAGCAGGAGGAGAGGUAGCCAUGUGGGCCUGCAAGAACCCGGCCGUGUUCUUCUGCAGGGACGCCCGACACGACACAACGCCGCUGCCCAACGCUGCAGGGGAAGUGAAGACAAAGACGGCCGAUACCAGCUUGUGACCGGGUCGGAAAGAUUCUGGCUUAAAUUUACUGUAUGUAACUUUUAUGAAAAAAAAGAUAUGUAUUUUACAAAGUUGUUAAAACUUUUACCAUGUUGUUACAGUGCAGUAUGAGACGGAUAAUCUGAAAAAAUCAAGUUCCUCCACCUUCUCUAAGUGCUAACAAGAAACAACCAAUCAAAGCCAGGAGGCGGGUCUUAGUGCUGUCAAUCACUCGUCUUUGCUCUCUAUUACAAUACAGCCUCUCCUUUGUAGUAAAUACUAAUCCUAAUUAGCAUGGCUACAGGUAAACAGUUUUCCUUUAAUGGUAAAUUGUUUUUCCGAUAUUACUGUGUUCAUGAAGUUGAUUGACAGCGCUAAUACCCGCCUCCUGGCACUGAUUGGUUGUUUUUGGUGGGGCGUUUCUUUAGUAGUUCAGGGAGGAGGCGGAGAUAAAUAUUUUCAUAGAUUACCUGUCUGAAAACAAACUUUCACAACAUGCUGACAGUUUUAACGGAUAGGUUAAAACAUAUUUCUUUCAUAAGAGUUACGUACUGCAGCUUUAAGGACAAUCUGAGCCGUUCAUGACUUUACUUUUGAUCUUUUGCAGUUAUUUAAGCAGCUUUUAUACAACAAUUUUAAGAACAUUUGUGUAAAUGAUUUAUCUGGAAAAGGACUCUGGAUCUCUCUUCUCUCCAAUUUGCCAAACAUGCUGAGUUUUUUCCAUCUUGUUUCUUCAGAAAACUAAACAUCUGAAAUUGCAUUAAAUGACUUCAGUGCCCAUAAACAAGGCAUUCUCAUUGGUUAGCAUAACCAAUCAUAAUUUAUCAAUACCUUUACCAGUUUUCCCUCUGACGUUGGAAAGUUUCACAUAUUUGGGAUUUUACCCUCAACAUUUCAACUGAAACAAGUUACUUUGCAUAGUCAAGGAAUUUUAAAUAUUUCAAAACAUAUUUUGUCACAAUGCACAUUCAGUAUUUAACCAUUUGAAAGUAUUUUAGUAAAAAUGAGCUAAGAUUAACUUUUAUGAUGCAUUGUUAUGUCUGUCAUACAACUAAGUUUUGUCAUUGAAUUUGUGAUUCUAAAAGAUUUCCAAUAAAGAUUUUUUAAAGAUU